GUCCCUCUCUGCAACGACGCUCGGUUGUCUCAAAACUCCCAAUAACGAGCUUCACUCACUCCACAUAAGCUCUCAGGAUCUCGGAUCCUAAAAGCUGUAUAUUGUUUCUAUAUUGUCGUAUCAAUUUCAUAAUCUCUUUGUAUUUGUAAUAAGGUUAGGGUUUUAUCUUGACCUGAUUCCCUUUGUAACAUUCAGAUUUAGGGAUUUACGAAUUUGUUUUAGAUUUUUAUUUUUUUCCCUUAGUCUUUGAAUAAUGAAAUUAAGCCGUUGUUAGGAGACAUCUUUGAAUCGUGUUUUUUUUUCUUUUGAUGAUUACCUAAUGAAAUUUACGUUGUAAUAUAAUUUGGAUGAGGGAUUAGGAAUUAAGGUUAGGGUUUUGAUUGUUUCGGUUCGUUGAUGGAAAUGGAGAGUUCACGUAGAUUGUUUGAUAGAUCGAGAGAGCUCGGCGUAAAGAAACCACGAAUUGAAGAGCCGAACCCUAACGGUCAUGGCCGGCCCUUCUUGCAGAGACCAGUAACUCCUGCUACCGGACCAACGGCUAGGUACAGAUCUGCUGAUAGAGACUCGGAUAGCAAUGAUUCAAACCGCGGGGGCGCGUAUCACCCACAGCCGCCACAGCAGCUACAUCAGGAGCUUGUGACCCAGUACAAGACUGCGCUCGCGGAGCUCACUUUCAAUUCCAAACCUAUAAUUACUAACUUGACUAUUAUAGCGGGCGAGAAUCUCCUUGCAGCCAAGGCCAUCACUGCCACUAUUUGCGCUCAUAUUCUUGAGGUUCCCAGUGAGCAAAAGCUGCCAUCCCUGUAUCUGUUAGACAGUAUUGUGAAGAAUAUUGGGAGGGAUUACAUCAAAUAUUUUGCUGCCCGACUACCUGAGGUAUUCAUCAAGGCAUUCAGGCAUGUUGAUUCUCCUGUUCAUCAAAGUAUGCGGCAUUUGUUUGGGACAUGGAAAGGGGUUUUUCCUCCUCAGACACUUCAAAUGAUUGAGAAAGAACUUGGCUUUACUCCUUUGGUUAACGGUUCAUCUAUAGGAGCUGCAUCUAGACUUGAUUCACAGUCGCAACGUCCACCACAUAGCACUCAUGUAAAUCCCAAGUAUUUGGAAAAGCAGCGCCUUCAGCAGUCAAGCAGGGCCAAAGGAAUGCCUAAUGACAUCACGGGUGGUAUUGCUGGCUCAACUGAGGAAAUGGAGAAGUCAGACAGAGCAUCCACCAUUACUUCUCGCCCAUGGGCAGAUCCUCGGAUCAAAAUGCAGAAUAUUCAGCGUUCUCAAAAAGACGCAUUAAGUGAUAGUGCUGCAUAUGGGGACUUUGAAUACAGCUCUGAUCUUUCAAGGCCUUCAGGCUUGGGGAUCGGCAGAACCAGUGGAAGGGUUAUGGAGCAGGGGCAUGACAAAUCUUUGCAUGGAUCUAGCAGUAGUGCUUCAGGGACAAUAUCUGGUCAAAGGAAUGGUUUCAAUGCCAAGCAAUGGUUACCUAGUUAUUCAAGUCUUAAAUCUGUAAAUGUUGAUUUGCAUCCAAAGCCAGCUCAAAGCAUUGUUGGUAGGACCAGCAGUGGACUGUCUAGUAGCUGGAAGAAUUCUGAGGAAGAGGAGUUCAUGUGGGAAAUGCACUCUAGGGUUGCAGAUCAUGAUAUAGCUAGUCUCUCCACGAACUCAAGGAAAGAUCAUUGGGCUCCUCAUGAUUCAGAAAAAUUGGGAUAUGAAAGCCACCUCCGGAAACCACAUGGUGCACAUGAUGUUGGGUCAAAAUUUGAGAGAGAAAACUCAGCUGAUUCACUACCUAAUGAACAGAAAGAACAAGCCACAUAUGGCCAUCAAAUGCUGUCACCAUGGAGAUCACAGGAGUCACACUCAGUGGAAGGGCUUAUCAGUUCUGGGAAUCGUAUUAUUAAUUCUAGUCAUUCUCAAAGCUAUUCUGCAUCUUUUGGUGAGUUGGCGACAAAUUCAGGUUAUUUAUCCAGGGUAGGAGAUCAGCAGCAAAUGGGUUCAUCUCAUAUUGGAGCCUUAGGCUUUGGCUUCCUUGGAACCUUAGCGCAACCACGAUUUCAGCCUCUUGGAGGUGCAUCACCAUCUGGACAGUCACCCAUUCACCAGCAUCCUCCCUCACCUUCAUUUCCAGAACGCCGUGGGCAUGAACAAUUGCAAAGUAUCACUGAGCAAGACCAUCAACUAGCUCAGCCAGUGCCUCGUCCCGACUUCAGAGCUUCUCAGUUUACGAGGCAGUUGGCUGGUAACCAAUCCACCAAAGAGCCUUCUACAGUAUUGCCUUCUGAUAUUCUACACAGUAACUUGCAAAAGUCACAACCUCAGGACUUACGAGAUUCAUCUUCUUCAGAUCAGACUCAAAGGCCACCCUCAACUAUUGUAAAUUCUGCGUCAGACCAUUCAGAUCCUCUUGCUGCUAAUACAUCAGGACAAUUGAGCACGAGUUGUUUAUUGGCAGAAGUCAUGAAAAGUGGAAUUUUCUCAAACAACGCAAUUACUGUUAACAACCCAAAUAGGGGUUCUUUGGAUACUCUGCAGGUGCUGUCAAAACCAAAUAUUCAACCUCCUCUGACAAGAGGGCCUACCCCAACAUCAGCUGCCUCAGAUAUUUCUGAGACAAAGGUGGAACGGCCACCAUUGUCACUUGGUCCAGCACCUUCAUCAUCACAAACUUCUGAUGUGGUGAGUCAGACCCCCGAUCCCAUUUCAAAUCUGUUGAGCUCUUUAGUAGCAAAGGGUUUGAUAUCUGCAUCAAAGAUGGAGACUUCAACUACCAUGUCAUCUCAAACGCCCUCUCAACUGAAGGGCAUGGACUCAGUCACUGUUACCCCAAUCUCUACUCCAGUUACUUCAGUUCCAACUUCCUUAGUUGCUUCUCAUUUGUCUAUUGUGGAUGAAACUUCUGUUUCAGAACCUACUGGCAAUAGCUCUGAUUCCUUACCUCAAUCCUCCAAAAUUCGGGUAGAAAAUACCAUAGGUUUACAGUUUAAGCCUGAUCUAAUUCGAGAAAUGCAUCCAAAUGUGAUCAAUGAAUUAUUCGAUGACCUUCUGCAUUGUUGCAGCUUAUGUGGCCUUCGACUUAGACUAAGAGAACAACUGGAUAGACAUUUGGAAUGGCAUGCUUCACUUAAGGCACCCGAACCAAGUGGUUUAAGUAGGGUAUCGAGGGGAUGGUAUUCAAAUUCGGAGGACUGGAUUUAUGGGCGGCAAAGACUUCCCUUGGUUUCUGAUUCUGCAGUUCCCAUAGAAGAGUCUGAGGAGGGAACAGAUGAGAAUGCAGCAUUGGUUCCUGCAGAUGAAAAUCAGUGCGUAUGUGUUUUGUGUGGUGAGCUGUUUGAAGAUUUUUUUUGCCAAGAAAGAAAUGGAUGGAUGUUCAAAGGAGCAGUGUAUUUCACUCGUCCAUUGGGAGAUGGUGAGAUGGAAACAGCACAUGAGAGGGAUGGCAAUGUUCCCAUUGUGCAUGAAGAUUGUAUGUCAAAUAAUUCAGUUCCUGACUGAUCAGGGAUAUUGUCAAAAUGGGAAAAGAUUCAUAGUGCAACAAGAGAUCUUACAUAAUGCAGGCGCCGUUGGUAGAAACUGAGAGUGGAAAUCCAGGUUUACUGUGCAUCGAUGCAAAUUUUAUGACGCCUCAAAGCUGUGGGGGAGCUGUAGUUUCGUCCUUCAUUUUUUUUGGUGGGUUUUAGAUUUUGGUUCAUAAUAGUGGUACUCGAGAAAAUUAGACAAAGUAUUUUGUGUCGGUACAUUUUCUUGUGUAAUUUCUUUAUUUCAGUGUUUGCAUUUGGUUGCGCAUGCACGGUUGAAGUUGUUAGAACAUUCAAUGUUUGCCCUCACUGGUGGUGAUCGGUAAACUUGUCAUCUCAGUUUGAGUUGGGACACAGUAAA